CGGAGUCCACGACUGCGCCCAUCAUGCAGCCCGUCUCCCCACAGACUGCCUACCGACGCCCUGGCGGCAACGUCACCUUCCUCUGCCAGGCCAACUUCGGCGUGAUAGGACCCGCACACUUCCCGCAACUUUACUGGACAAAGAAUAACAGCUUUGUUCACGGUUCGGAUACAACGUCAAGGGCAAACAAGGACGGCAGUUACAGCAUGAACAACACCUUGACGCUAACCGACCUGACUGAGGAGGAUUUCGGCGAGUACGUCUGCACUGCGCACACAACAUUCGGAUACGCACAGGAGAACGCAACACUAGUGAACGGAGACCCUCCCAUAACAAUCCAGGACAGGAUCUUCCACCACGCCCACCCAGCUGCCAUCACGUGUCCGCUGCUGUUCCUCGUGCUCGUGGCUGUGCUCGUCCUGGUGUACAAAACCUGCCAGCUGGAGAUACAGCUGCUGUGGAAGGACUACUUCGCGCAGUUCGAGGAUGACGAUUACAAAAAAUGUGACGCGAUCAGAGAAGACUACACGUUUGACCUUGACCAGCUGCAGGGGACACACUUCAGUUUUGAGGUCCGUGCUUCCCGUGACGUCCGCAUCGCGCUGUCCAAUCAGAGGGCGUCUACUCCGGACAUGUUCGAGAUUGUGAUUGGUGCAGAGUGGAACGCAAGAUCUCUGGUGCGGAAACAAGGCUACCUCCUGAUGAUGGUGGCCACACAGGACGUCCUGUCUCCCAAGGAGUGGCGCCGGUUCUGGGUCACCUUCAUGGACGGCACUUUGGAGGUGGGUCGGCAGGGGGAGCUGGAGCCUUUCCUGCGCUGGCGGGAUCCUGACCUGGCGAAGGUCAAGUACGUGGGCUACUCCAGCGGGUCGGACGACAAGGUCAAGCUCAAGUUCGCAGACUUAGGUACAAAGGACCAUGACGUCAUCAUCCUGUACGACCAGGCCCAGCUGGGGUUCGUGCUGAACACGUUACGGGUGUUCCUGGAGGACACGUGUAACCUGGUGGUCGCCAUGGAGGAUCUGGACUUCGAAAUUGGAAUAGACAUCGCUGAGAACUGGGUGGAGUUUGUGGAGAAGGCGCGGCACUGCCUGAUCGUGCUGUCUCAGGACUUCCUGCGGAACCAGUGGCUGCAGUUCGGCUUCUCCGUGGCGCUGGAGCGCAUGUUAACCCGCAACAGCCGCAUCACCAUCAUAGAGUACGAGACUGUCCAGGAGAUAGAGGACUUCAGGGAAUGGAAAUCCCUCCGCCACACCAUGAAGGCUGUGAAGUGCAUCAAGUGGUCCGACACGGACUUGCACAGCCCCGCCAGCCGCUUCUGGAAGGAGCUCCGCUUCCAGAUGCCGAAGAAGCGGGUGCCCAGCACGAUCCACCGCCGCCGCACCACAUGCACCACCGGUACCGGCAGCACCUGCAACUCCCAGACAUCCCUGCUGCCAGCCCUGUCCUCCUCGGAAAGUACAGCUUCGUACAAGCCCGACAUCAUUCGGGUAGAGUCGGAGACCGUCGGCAACGGAGUCGGCGGUCAUCGGGGAGGGCUGGGAAAAAUUGACGUAAUCCCCGAACAUGAGUCGAUCGACUUUGACAACAACGACGUUCAGCCAGCAAGCGCUGCAUAUCACUCACUGGUCAGAAGAAAUGAGUCAAAUUUGUCUGACAAUGUCUUUUUCCCGAAUGGAUAUGAGAUUAGCUACCUGUGAUCCUAUAUACCACGUAUCCAUAUCCUAAAGAAAACAUUUACAUGUAACAUACUUCUAACAUUGACAUAUCGUUUUUGGUGGAGAAUAAAACGUAUUAGAAACUCUUUAUUAUGGAUUUCAUGUAAACUGGAGAAUUCUAUUAUGAUAAAACUUUACUGCCAAAUUUUGAUCAUGUCACUUAACCGCCGUCUGUUGUGGUUUGUGAACUGAGAUAUUGUGUAAUAUAAGGGCGAGUUGUAAAUACAGUGCAUAUCGAUGUACUUACUGUAUAUGCUGCAACAGUACCUCUAUAUGGUACGUCUUCUUCUCUGUGCAAAGAAGUUGUUGGAACGUCUGUCAAAACUUAAUCGUCUGUACCCAACAGUAGCCUGACUAAAUCUUGUUUUUCGCCGGCUGCCCGAUAGUGACAGCUCUUUCAGUGCACG